GUAACUGGAAUCUAGUCCUGCUCAGGAUCUCAGCUGCCCUUUUGUUGUCGUCCCCACAAGGUGUCCAACCGAGGUCUAUCUAGUGACAGAAGCAGUUUGUAACAGUCUUGUCUUUAACAUUCCCUCCUCUCAGGCUCUCACUGCUGACUGUUUGUGGAGGAGCUGACUUGGCUGCAUUGUACACUAUCUGAGAUCCGGGAAGGAUAAACCAGCACAAUAAGCAAUUGGAAUAUCCCUGCAGCUUUGAUGAUGGGUUGGCUUGAGGAACCAAGUUGGCAGAUUAAUAUUUCUUUGAUCAUGUUGCUGUCUCUACAAACCAAGGCAAACCUCUUGGAUGGCAUGCUGCUGAGGAGUUCAGGGAAGCUGAACUUGGACAGCAGGAAGGAGGAUGGCGAGAGCAAUGUAUCUGUAUCACCGAAGCAGCUCCUGCUGUGUUCCUGCCAUCAUCACUGUCCUGAAGACUCGAAUAAUAACACAUGCAGAACUGAUGGCUACUGUUUUACAAUGAUUGAAGAAGACGAAUCUGGGACUCCUAUGGUGACUUCAGGGUGCCUUGGAUGGGAAGGCUCUGACUUCCAGUGCCGGGACACACCAAAAUUCUAUCAGAGAAGAACAAUCAAAUGCUGUACAGAUGAAAAUUACUGCAAUAAAGACCUCCAUCCUACCCUGCCACCUCAAAAAACACCAAAUUAUGUUGAUGGAAAUAUUCAUCAUAUGGCCCUGCUGAUCUCAGUGACUGUAUGCAGUAUAAUACUGGCUCUGAUCAUCAUAUUCUGUUACUUCAGGUAUAAGAGGCAGGAGUCUAGGCCUCAUUACAGCAUUGGACUUGAGCAAGAGGAGAUGUAUAUCCCUCCAGGGGAAUCUCUGAUAGACCUCAUUGAACUGUCUCAGAGCUCAGGCAGUGGAUCCGGUCUCCCUCUACUGGUUCAAAGGACAAUCGCUAAGCAGAUUCAGAUGGUGAAGCAGAUUGGUAAAGGUCGCUAUGGAGAGGUGUGGAUGGGGAAGUGGAGGGGGGAGAAGGUGGCUGUCAAAGUGUUCUUCACCACCGAGGAGGCCAGCUGGUUCCGAGAGACUGAGAUCUAUCAGACUGUACUCAUGAGGCAUGAAAACAUUUUAGGUUUCAUAGCAGCUGAUAUAAAAGGAACAGGAUCCUGGACCCAGCUUUACCUCAUUACAGAUUACCAUGAGAGCGGCUCCUUGUAUGACUACCUGAAAUCCACCACACUGGACACCAAGGCAGUGCUGAAACUGUCAUUCUCCUCAGUCAGUGGACUUUGCCACUUACACACCGAGAUCUUUGGCACUCAGGGGAAACCAGCCAUUGCUCAUCGAGAUUUGAAGAGCAAAAACAUCCUUGUCAAGAAAAAUGGAGCAUGCUGUAUAGCAGACUUGGGGCUGGCGGUUAAAUUUAUCAGUGAUACAAAUGAAGUAGACAUCCCUCCAAACACCAGAGUGGGCACUAAACGUUACAUGCCUCCAGAGGUGCUGGAUGAGAGUCUUAAUAGGAAUCACUUCCAGUCCUACAUCAUGGCUGACAUGUACAGCUUCGGGCUGAUUCUCUGGGAGAUAGCAAGAAGAUGCGUGUCAGGGGGUAUAGUUGAAGAAUAUCGGUUACCUUAUUAUGACUUAGUACCCACUGAUCCCUCUUAUGAAGAUAUGAGAGAAGUGGUCUGCAUCAAACGGUUAAGACCAUCGUUCCCCAAUAGGUGGAGCAGUGAUGAGUGCUUGAGACAAAUGGGUAAACUGAUGACAGAGUGCUGGGCCCACAACCCUAAUUCUCGCCUCACAGCCCUGAGAGUUAAGAAGACCCUUGCAAAGAUGUCAGAGUCACAAGACAUAAAGCUUUGAUUCGACCAAGGAGUUUGAAAGGAAAGGCAUAUGUCCGAAGAGCCUCUUUUUCCCACCCCCAUCCCACCCCAAUAAUGAUGGGCAAGAGGCCAGACUGCAGAAUCAUUCUGAACUAACCAGAGUGCUGGUGCCAUAGCCAUCAUGGCAGUGAACUGAGUCCACUGAGGAGUGCUGCAUAAAGAAACUAAUGGGAGACUAAUUCACCCAAAAUUGUUUGCUUGAGUUAGACAAUACAGUUUCAAGCAAAUGCUGCUUUCCAUUAAAGCCUUAAAAAAAAUUCUGUUGGUAAGAGACUGGCUUACAUUCAUAAGACUUAAAAAUAAUUAAGUACUGUUACCGAAUGAAGAGGUAAUGGUGCCUUGCGAGAGAAAAAGAGAGACUUGACAAUCUGAAGAUGCACUCAACUAUGGUCUUGGUUUAAAUAGUAAGUUAUAGCUCUUCUUACUAUGGUAUUUGUUCAUCUUUUUAUUUAUUCAUUUCAUAAUUUAUUUUACUAGAUCCCUAGUUAAUGCAGUGUUCUAACUUACUAGACCGUACUUCUACAUGCUCUUGUCUCACAUACUUUGUUAUAUAACCAACAUGAUGCAUAUUCAGUACUAUUAUAAAGGUUUAGUAAGUCUCCAGUUAGUUGCACUGAAACAGAAAUGUCAAACAUUCACCUGAAUUUUUCAUAUAAUAAUGUAGGUGGUGUAUCAAGCUAAUUAACUUUGCGGUGUAAUUCAUUAUUUUGCGUAAAAAAAUAGAAUUAUUCUAACCUCUACACAAAAGAGUGUGGUAGAGGUCAUAAUAAAAUGGUGCCUCAAAAACAAAAGCAUUCCCCACUGUAGUCAGUACCAUUGUCUAUCAUCUUCAUGGGUGAAAGUGGCCAAUUAUCAUUUUGACUGAAACUCCUGGGUGUUGUACAUGCUCGGAGUUGCAUUCUGAGCCAUUGUGGACCACUUUCAGAAGCAAAUUUGAACUUGACUUUGUAAAAAAAGAAAUUCAGAAAUGACUUCACUUACAACUUGUCAUUGAUAAAUCACACAUGAGGCUAGUUAACAAACAGUUUUAAAUGUAACUCAUCAAUCCUUUUAAAUUUAUGCCCAAUUCACAUAAUAUUAAUUUUAUAAAACUUCAGUGGCAGAAAUCACUGAAUUAACCAUUUAUAACAUGAUCCCAUCCUAGUACAAAUGAAAAUGCUUGGAGGUUUAGACCAAUAAAGUUUAGAACAGUGUUGGCAAUAAAAGGCAAAAUGUGUUUAUUUCACUUUAAUAUCAUGCUUUGUAGUUUUCCAGUCAGAUCGUUGUAAUUUGUAAUCCAUGGUAACACUGUAUCAAUUUUCAAGAGUCACCUAGUAUAUUCAGCUAAUAUUGGAAACCCAACAAACCACAAAAUAUAUGUGAAUACAUUAAAUGUGCUCAGAAGGACAUUACAUCUGAUAAUCAGCACAUGUCUAUUUUCAUCCCACAUUUACAUCCCAGAAAUUCUGUUUUGAAGUCGGAUACCCUGUAUUUUUUGUGAACAGUAUAUUCAGGGUUUGAAAUUAAUAGUGGCCCAUAGCCACCAAAUAUUUAUUUGGGUCUCCAAAAUUGCACCACCAGUAGCCCGUGCACCUAUAGCAAUCUCUAUUAGCUGAAUUACUACAAAGGCAGUAUCCUGACUGAUUUCAAUUCCGCUGCUGUCAUUGGCAGUUUCAAAAGCUACUCAAAGUCAGACUUAAAUCUUCCAGUCAUUAGUUGCUAUUUCAAGUGUGACUCAAACAAAAUGGAACUGAAAAGUGGCUUGUAAACAUUUGUGAUAAGGCUACAUUUUUAUAAUACUGCAGUUUAUGAAUUUGACAAUCCUAAAACAGGAUCAGCACAGCUGCUUUUGAUCCCCAAUUUAAAACAUUUUUGGCAGCAACAAUGAUGCUGUCUAGUUAAGAAUGUGCAUCAAUCAAUCAACCUUUAUUUAAUAUAGCGCCUUUCACAAAAGCAAUGCCUCAAGCGCUGUACAUUGCUAAAACAGAAAAUACAAGCAGGAAAUACAAUAAUCACAAUAAAUGAAAAUACAGCAACCCAGACUGCCAAAUAGGGAACUCUACUGCCUCAAGUUGUUUCAGAUUUGUGAAGUGAGUCAGAAUCGGGGGAUCCAGAUGCAGGUACAUCAUUCUACUCGCUGUCCAACAUGGGCCCAAAGUGCAAGGGAAAUGUUAUAUAUAGUGUUCAACGUUGUGUUUUUAUUUCAUGUUGUGAUUAUAUAUUCUGUAUGCGGAAUGGAAUCAAACGAAUAGAACCAAAACAGUGAGUUUUUUUUUUCAUUGUACAAUGCCACCUUUUCCACAUUAAUUUUAUUUGAAGUGUUUUCAUUGGGUUAUAUUUGACAGUUUUCACUUGCUUUUUCAGCAAAUAAAAUAAAAAGCAUAAUUAAACCUCACUAUUACUUGAAAAUGUGUAUUUUGUCACUUUGUUUGUUGUGAAGAAUAGACAAUGGCAGGGAUUAAAAAUAAAUAAACAAUGUGAUUUCUACUUUUAUGUACUGUUUAUGCCUACAAAAUGAAAAACAUUUCACUUAAAACUAACGUAAGGCUUUUUUAAAAACCUACUGCUUAACGUUGCCCUGUCCUUGUAGCACGCAGCCAAAGGUUCCUGCAUGUCUGAAGAAGUCAUAACAAGCUUUUUUUAUGAUUCAAAGAACAGUUGUGAUCUCGGGCGCAUUAGUUGUUUCUACUUAAAAAAUGCUGAUUUUAAUCAUAGGUGCGAACUACAAUCAACCCAGCUAAACACUGGUUCUAAUCCCCCAAACUUCUCCUCUGUGGGAUGUAGCCUGCCCUGUAUAUUAAUGUCUGUAACCUGUAUUUCAUUGCUCAGAGUUACUAGGAAUCCUUCCACCUACCCGAGACCUGUAUGCUCACCUGCAGUAUUUGUUGUUCAAAGAUUCCACCUGCAGAGACCUGUAACUUCACUUACAGUAUUGUAUGUCAUUGCAUUCUGUACUGUCUUUGUUCCUGAAUUAAACUCUUUUGAUUGAAA